AGAUUCAAAUAUUUAUGAUGCAGUAUUAAAAUCCCUAACAUUAAAAACUUUACGUAACUAUAUGUUUGGAAAUUGAGUUUCAAAAUGAAUGAGUCAUUCAGCUCUAACGCACCGGAACCGAAGCUAGUAGGAGUUUGGACCGAGGGAGCCCGCAUUGAACCGAAAGAAUUCAUAAUUCCGAAGAAUUCACCAGAGUCUAGUGAUGACAUACCAACUAUACCAGACCUGGAUGACUUACAGGAUAUUCUGGAGAAGGAGAUAGCCAAACCACCUCCCUUGGACCGCAAAGACAGCGAGACCGUGAAUACCCUGGCUGCCGUAGGUGACGGAUACUCGGGUUCUGCGGAUGGUGUGGAGGCCGCGCUGGCAGCACUGCGCGCGCGUAUACCCGCAGUCCAGUCAGCUCCUGAUGCUGUCUGGACCAUUGACUCACUACUAGCACAAUUGGCCGAGGAGGGGACUGAUCAGGAUUAGGAAGUCGAUUGCCAUACUGUUUAUUUAUUCUUUGUCACCAUGGUAUGUCUUCAAGGAAAGAUAAAAACCACCAAGUCUUUUGCAGAAUGCACAUGUGGCUAGAAUUGACAUAAUAUAAUAUGUGACUUAUAGAGCUUUAUCGCCUUAUCCUUUGACAUAAUUAAUAUUUUUAAUGAAAUUAAAAGUAGAAGUUAGUCUCCAACUAGGUUAGUAUUUAAAAUAAUUUUGUGCGGAAAUUGAUAACUCGUAAAACAUAUAGUACCUAACCUAGGUAUUGGCUUUUGAGAUGACGCCGGUAUUUUUAGGAAAUAAAAAAAGCAAUAGUAUUUAGUAUGGUUUAUUUUAUUUAUUAUAGAUUAUUAAUAAUUUUCCGUCCAAUUUGUACAAUUAAACUAGGCUAAGCGAAUGAAAUUAUAAUAAAUUAAUGUUAAACCUA